AUGCUUCGCGCUGCCUUGCUCUUUCCCACCCUUUGCUUGGCUGGGCGCGAGGUGGAAAAUUUGGAUCAGGGCUGGCGCUUCGUGCAUGAGGAGCAGCAGCUACGACGCUGCAACUCGCAGACCUUUCCCUCCGCCCUACGAGGCCGCUGCCCGAGCCUAGCGCCCCAGGGCCGUCCGGAGGAUGGCGCCCCAGGCAGUGCGGCUGCCUGCCGGGACGCUUGUUGUGAUGAUUCUUCCUGCAAUGCGUGGCAGUGGUGUGGUGACAACGCUGGCUGCGAAUCUCCGAAUACUUGUUUCAAAGGGCUGAUCGAUAUUCAGAGAGACUGCAGUGGUCAUGGCGAGUGGGAAGGACAAGGCGACCCCUCUCGGGAACCAGAACCAGAGCCCCGUCCAGGACAUCCCUGCAAUUUUCAGCAGUGUUUGCGAGACUUCAAUGAUUCUACCUGGACGCAGAUCGAUGUCCCCCAUGAUUUUGUUGUCGCUGGAAAUUUCACCCCUCGCGCGGACAAAUCGCAUGGCUACCUACCAUACGGUGUGGCAUGGUAUCGCAGGCAACUCUGUUUACAAGAGGCUGCAGAAAUCAUGGAGGGGAGCCGGCAGAGCUGGUUGGAGUUCGAAGGUGUCAUGGUGAAGAGCAAGGUGUGGCUGAAUGGUGCCUUCCUGGGAAGCCAUUCCUCCGGCUACACACCUCAAAUCCUGGACAUCUCUCCAGCACCCUUGGAGUCUGGCUGCAGCAACGUGCUUGCUGUCCUUGUGGAUGCCACCGCGCCGGAUGGUUGGUGGUAUGAUGGCGGUGGCAUUUACCGUCAUGUGUGGCGAACAACCACGUCCCCAGUGCAUGUCGUCCCCUGGGGCCUCUAUGCGCCUGCCAAAGUUGUUGGUGCCCAAAGUGUCGAUUAUGGCGAUGCUGAAGUUUACCCGAUCGUUGAGUUGGUGAACAAGUUCCAGGACCAGAAGGCCAUUCGCAUUGCUUGCUCCAUCCGUUCGCUGGAUGGUCAACUCAUCACCCACCAGGACCUCCGAAGUGUGCUGGCCCCGGGGGAGACUGUGGAGUUCCCGCUGAAGACCAUGUACCUCAAAGGCUGGAUGAAAUCCGGGGCUGAAGUGCGCCGCUGGAACUGCCAAAGCCAAAGAGGUUAG